GGAGCUGCUUUUUUCUGAGGUGAGAUCUGGGCCUCCAGCCCUCCACCGCCACCUUUUGUGUCAAUUUUGCAAAGCCCGGUAGCUAAACGACAUCAAUCCCAUCACCAGCAGAAAACGACACUGCGUUUCAGUUGAAGGAAAGAAGUCGGUCGUCUGAAUCAAGUCGAGUCGGGAGAGAAAAAGGUUGUUUUCUUCAAUUGAAAUUGGUUUCAAUUUGUUUACUUUUCUCUCUGACUAUAUAUCCUCAUGUCGUUCGAAAAGGGGGAUUAGGGCUUCGUAUUCAUCCUCCGAUCGUAAGACAUUCUAACCUCCAUUCUCCGACCAUCGAAGAUCCAGUGGCCAAAGGAUUAAAAAUCGUCCGGAGAUGGGAGAUCAGAUUGCCAGGGCGGACGAUUUCGAGAAGAAAGCAGAGAAGAAGCUCAGCGGUUGGGGCAUAUUCGGCUCCAAAUUCGAAGACGCGGCCGAUCUGUUUGACAAAGCUGCUAAUUCUUACAAACUUGCUAAAUCCUGGGAUAGAGCUGGGGCUACAUAUGUCAAGCUUGCAAACUGUCAUCUGAAAUUGGACAGCAAACAUGAGGCGGCACAAGCUUAUGUUGAUGCUGCUCACUGCUAUAAAAAGACAUCCACAAGUGAGGCAAUUUCUUGCCUAGGUCAGGCAGUGGAAAUGUUUUGUGACAUUGGAAGGAUCAGUAUGGCUGCAAGAUACAACAAGGAAAUUGCUGAAUUGUAUGAAUCAGAAGCAAAUAUAGAGAAGUCGAUCGAGUUUUAUGAAAAAGCUGCUGAUUUUUUCCAAGGUGAAGAAGUAACAACUUCUGCCAACCAGUGCAAGCAGAAAGUAGCUCAGUUUGCUGCGGAAUUGGAACAAUACCCCAAGGCAAUUGAGAUCUAUGAAGAGAUUGCACGCCAUUCUCUCAGUAAUAACUUGCUCAAGUAUGGAGUUAAAGGUCAUCUUCUGAAUGCUGGGAUUUGCCAUCUCUGCAAAGGUGACGUUGUUGCGAUUACCAAUGCGCUCGAGAAAUAUCAGGAUUUGGAUCCAACAUUUUCCGGAACUCGUGAAUACAGAUUGCUAGCGGAUCUUGCUAGUGCCAUCGACGAGGAAGACAUUACAAAGUUCACUGAUGUGGUCAAGGAAUUUGACAGCAUGACCCAAUUGGUAAUUUUUUUUUUUUUUUGUAAAUGUAUCCUGGAAUGCGUAUCCACUCAAUUCAUUGUUCUGCUCCAUUUUCUUUUACCGCAGUGAAAAAUAAUCGCGUAGUGCAUGGUUCAAUUUGGAUUCAGUAUGUUCUGAUUAGAUGAUUUUUGCACUGUGUUGCCUGAAACUUUGCUAUAUAGGACUCGUGGAAGACGACCCUUCUCUUGAGGGUGAAAGAGAAGCUGAAGGCCAAGGAGCUAGAGGAGGACGACCUCACUUAAUUUCGGUGUCUCACUGAUGAUCAAUUACAUGAUUUUAUUUGACGGGUUUGGUAUCCAGUCCGCUGUCUUCUGUCUAUCUCCAUUAUCGUUUUUUUUCUUGGCUUGAGAUUCGAUGUGAGUGUGCUUCACUGCUUUGUAAUUGGUAGUAGUAUCUGGUUUCCGAUGUGGAUUUAUCGACACUGAGA